CUAAAACAAUUAAUAAUAUUGCGUACGGAUUACACGAAAGUUAAAAGAUACGCAUUAGUACGCAGUAGUAACGCAUUAAAAUGAAAAAGAAAACUCAAAGCUUGUUGCAGCUAAGCCACGCCCAUUUAAGAACUCAAGUAUCACGUUGCUUGUCAUUCUACCCGCUCGUUUUAUUUCUAUGGGAUUGAUCGAGGCGACCCAGUUGUAUGAGCUUCCUGCUACAUUGUGGUCUUCUCUCGGGCUUCCUUUGCCCAUUUCCGAAUUAAGCAUGGGGAAGAAUAGCAAGAAUAUCGUGCAAACAAUGUGCUGAUGAGGAAAAUGUUGAAUCAACCUUAAAAUCAUUUUUAAUGGACUGCGGUUAACUAAAGGCACAGCUAAAGGGUCAAAUAUGGAAUCUGUCCAUCAGUCUUUUUUCCUGGACGGGAUCAGCUGACACAUCAGGAAGACAUCAGCCGAAACUGAUCUGGUCAAAGAAGAUGCUUCAUCAAAUAUUCAGCUCUCAGACACCCUGCACUUUGCUUUCUUUUUGGCCAGACAGGAUGAUAAUGUUCAGGAAUUCAGGCAGGUUAUGAGAGUCAAGAUGUUCUGCGCUCUUUGUAUUUGAGAUUUCACUUACUGUAUGCGUCAUUUAACCACAAGAGCCAUAAUGCGUAUCAGUUUUUGCCAGGCUCUGUUAACAGGAGCCAUCGUUUUGAAUUUGCUCAUUCUAUACUACGUCUCACGGGCCCAGCAGCAGAUGAUGGAGAAGCGUCGGGAACAAAAUAAAGGCUUAAAGAAAGCCUCUCUGCCUGUGGCAGGACUGGGAGCUAUGGGUAAUCUUGUAGGUGGAGGUAUUGUUGGAGGUGCCAAAAUGGGAGGCCUCGAGGGCAACAUGCGUGGACCACGCGUCACGAUCCUCGUUCGUGAGUUUGAAGACUUUGAAAACUACGUUGGCGAUGUCGCACGCUCCUUUUUGCGGCAAAGACCAGAGUUGCCCUUCCUCGCUGUAGCCGAAAGUCUGCCGUACCCUCCUCUGGUGCUCCCAGAAGGAGCCCGGCUACUCGUUUUGUCUCCAAGCCCGGACCAGCCUCCACAAACUCACCGCCCCGAGUUCAAUGUUCAGACGGAGUUUGCUUUGUUAGUUCCAGAUGGCGUCGAGCUGGACCACGGCCGACAAAUUGAGCGUCUCAUUCGGGAGCUGGAAGGGGAAGGUGGCGGGCCGGUCAGACUCGUUGCCGCUCCUGUGCUGACCCGCUCUGCGGUCCAGUGCCUGCACCUUCGGGUGAAUCUGCGGGAAUGGACCGCGACCUACACCCCUGCGGCCUCAGGGAGCAGCGGCAGCGUCUGCACGGCUCUGCAGGGAGACGCCGUGGUCCUUAUGCGCUCCGAGGACCUCUUCAAUCUCUCGGUGCCCUUAGGGCGCCCCCUCAUGUCUUCCUUGUUUGUCCAAACUUCCCUGCGCGGCUGGAAGGUCAAGCUCCUGGAGGGACCUUCGUUUUCUGCAAGUCAUCGCCCGCUGUUUAGCUCGGCGCACAGCCAGUGGAAGGCAGACAGUCGCCUUAAAGAUGCCACCAAUCAUCUCAUGCGUAGCUUCGGGCUGAAGCGCGUGGUGCUUCCAGACGGUCGGGAUCAGUGGUUUGGCUGCAGUAAAGAGACCGCGCGGUGUUUCGGCACGGUGCGGGACGAUACACCGGAAUACCUCUACCUAGAGCGCUGGACUCCUCCUUGCUGUUUGCGGGCCCUACGAGAGACCACCAAGUAUGUUAUCAAUAUCUUGGAAAGCUCCGGUGUACGUUACUGGCUGGAAGGGGGUUCCUUGUUGGGAGCAGCCAGACACCAGGAUAUAAUCCCUUGGGACUACGACGUGGAUUUAGGCAUCUACUUGGAGGACAUUCCGAAUUGCGACUACCUAAAGAACUUGGACUCCGGCUCACUGGUGGACGCUAACGGCUACGUGUGGGAGCGAGCGGUCGAGGGUGACUUCUAUCGCGUGCAGUAUAGCGAAGUCAACCAUUUGCAUGUGGAUUUGUGGCCCUUUUACCCUCGCAAUGGAGUUAUGACCAGGGACACUUGGACUGAGCACAAACAGGACGUGGAGUUCCCAGAACAUUUCCUGCAACCCUUGGUGCCAAUGCAGUUCGCCAGCAUCACCGCUUACGGUCCGAACAACCACCGUGCCUUCUUGGAACUCAAGUUUGGGGAAGGGGUCAUUGAGAACCCCCAGUAUCCGAACCCUGCCAAGAAAAGACUGGACAGGAGUCGCACGUUAGGCUCGUAGCAAGCAGUAACUCGAUGUGCCACAAUUACGCAACACUGCAUCUGUGACAUUUUAAACUUUGUAGAGUGUUACUGUCAGACCGAAGCUUUCGAACCGCGUCUGAUCCCUUGAAUGUUCACACGUCUUGCUGGUUUUAUUUAUUGUAUGUGCGUUGUGGUUUGGGCAGACGUGAGUCCCAAAGGUAGUCUAAAUAUACUGUAUGUAACAAUGGUAAUAAAAGUUCUGAAACCUAAGGAUGUAAUAUUUCACACUGCAGCUUCCCGAGGAACUAAGGUCAAAUCUUUGCUGUAAUUUUCACGAACAUUAAUAUAUCGGACUCUGUAGCUAUUAAAGGUAACAAUUUAUUGUAAGGUGUCCUUGUUACAUAUUAAAUGUGCUUACUAUAACAAUAUAAUAAUGCAUUAUUCAUAAUUACAUGCAAGUAACUUUAAGGCUAACCGUAAUCCCAAACCUAAACCAUAUAGUAACUGGUACUUAAUAUUAAUCACUUAGUACUUAAAUGUAUAAUUACACUGUAACACGGAUACCUUAUAAUAAAGUGCAAUCCAAUUAAACACUAAACAAACGUUCGAUUUUUAAACUGAUUGACAGAGAAACACCAGUUUUAAAAAAAUAUAUAUUGCCUUUGUGAAUUUGCAGUAAGCGCUGGCAUAUGGAAGUCUGAUUCAUGUUUGUAGGUCCACAAGUGAAGUAUUUAAUGAACAACCCAGGCAGCUCAUUAAAUCCUUGAAAGGAUUUCAUUGCUUUUCAACUUAAUGGUCAUUACUACAGCACCAUGAACUUUGUAGAGUGUAGGAUGUUUUUAUUGACAUAUGGUGACACUGGUGUAUGCUCAUGUUGAAAGAGGCCGUAAUGACCUUUUAACAAUUUCUUUCCUGAAAUGUUUUUUUUUCUGUGCAAAUGGAAAAGGUUACAUAAAAAGCCAGCGAAAAGAAGGUACUGUUUUAAGCACAUAUUCACUUUAUUAAUAUUUUCACCCACUUUGUUGCAUGAUAAUAACUGUAUUUGAUUUUCUUUUCUUUUUUGACUGACUGACCGACUGUUUGACCUCAAUUUUGUUUCUAUGUAACUUAACUUUUUUUCCUUUUUUUGUCUCGGUGGUUAUCAAAUAUGCUAUGUAAUGAUGUAUGCACCACGACCCCCAAAUAUUUAACAAACAGCGUAACAAAAAACAAACUGUCUUAACAAGUCAGUGUAUUUCAGAUGUCGGGAAAUAAACCACCACACAGAAUUGCUUGUUUGCUUCGGUUUUUAGUGCAAAUAUCACAGUGAAGUGUUAAAUAACCCACAAGAUGGCGCAAUAGGACAUAAAGUCUUUAAACAUGUUGCACUUCGUUACUGCUAUGUAUAAUUACUGCGCAAAACUUCCCUAAAAUGGUGCAUUUUAAGUCUUCAUUUUAGAACUAAUUGUGACUUAAACAGAGGUAAAAGUUCAUCUGGUACCUUGUGAAACUAAGUCUUGCAUCGCCCUAAAGGAGAUGUAUUUUGCAAUAAUAACCACUGACUGUGCGUGAUCUUGCUUAUUAAACGGCCUCUUACCAAAUAAAUGAACGCAUUGAAUUUGAGUUAAAUAUGCACGAUAGCGAGACGUGAGUUAUUGUAAUUACUACAUUAAGUAAUUUUUUGUACGUAUUGUACUAAUGUACGUGAGGGACAGGACUGUAACAUAAAAUGCCGCCAAAAUCAUUAAUCGCUUACCACCAUGUCAUUACAAACCCGUGAAAGCUUUGUUUGUCCUUGGAACACAAUUUCACACAUUUUAGAUGAAGUGGAAAGUAUGCGUUUCAUUUUAGAAAGCAUGAAACACAGUGAGAAAACCGACGAGGAUACUUGUACGCAAAGAAAAAAAAACUUUAUUCAACAAUUCGGCAUCGUAAAGUCACUGGGCGCCAUUUUGGGAAAUAUCAACUGGACGCAAACUGCUCUUAUUUCUUAGUCAGAUGUGCCACACAAAUGCUGUUUUUGGUGAAACCAGAACGUAUAGAAACAUGGAAGACAUAUCAUUGCUUUACGAUUGACACAGCGGGGUGUACAAUUGUUGAAUAAAGUCAUUUCAUAACAUUAUGGUUGAACCACUGAAGGCAGAUGAACUAUUCUGUCUUUCAUACUUUUCUGGACCGGACAUGUUCAUUACUUGGCGGUCAAUGGGACGGUCACAAGCCUCCCUGUUUUCAUACAAAAUAUCUUGUUCCGAAGAUGAGCAAAGCUUUUCAUUUUGGGGUGUAGUAACCCAGUACACCAUUGAGCUGUAUAAUAAAACAUAACUAUGAACGAAAUUGUUUCAGCUAUCCAUAAAUUAGAAAAUCAUCUGGGACC